AUGUUACGUGGAGCGAAACAUAUUUUAAAAAAGAAAAAUGUACAAAAAUCUGCAAAUAACAAUGGCAAUGCUUUUCGUAAACUUUCUCAAAAGAAAACUACAAAUUUAAAAGGAUUUGGUAAUAAUGUCACUAUAGAAGAGACUAGUUUGAUUGUUAAAAGAUGCGUUGAACAGAUCCGAUUGAGGGGGUUAAAUACCGUUAAUAUAUUUAAACCAAUGCGUAUUGGAGAUGGAGGAGAUGAAGUAAAAUAUUUAUUGAAUUGUUUAUUGAAUGAUAAUUUACCAGAAUUUGAAGAUGAAAUUCAAAGUCAAGAUAUAAAUAAUAUAGUAUCAGCAAUGAAAUGGGCUUUACGUCAUUGUAAAUGUAUAAUUAUUCCAUUUAAUGAUUACGAACACUUUAACUUAUACGAACAAGAAAUGAAUUAUGAUGUUCGUAAGCGAUUAUUCACUAAUUACUUUUUAAAUUCUAUACCAAUAUUAAAUAGGGAGAUUGUUUUAGAAUUAUUUGAUAUUUGUAUACAAUUAACUAGUAGUGUUCUUCCUCCUUCCAAUUCGGAUAUUGAUAAUAAUCCUCUUAAAAUUAUAAAAUCUUUAGCGUUAUGUUUAAUUGGUUAUAAUGAUGACGAAAAGGAAAAGAAUUUUAAUAGCUUUGAUGAUGCUUAUAGAGAAUGGAUUAAAUCUUCGAAUGCUUAUAAUGAAGAUUCGGAAGCAGGUCAUAAACAUCAAAAAGAAGUUAUCCAAACAACGGAAUUUCCUGAAUCCCCUACAAAAUCAAAUAAAAGUAGAAAAUGUUUUUUAAAAAAAUCGUUGGUACAUUUUUCCGCGCCAUCAGAAAGACCAAUAAGUAUAUUAAGAGUAACGAGAACAGUACCACCAAGUAUUACCAAUAAUGAACGUAAAUCGAGAUGUCCAAGUAUAUUGUUACCUGAAAUGUUGGAUAAUUUAAAUAGACGUACUAUAGUACGCACAAGUGCAAUGAUGUCAUUAGAAGAACAAAAUAUAGCGGAAAAAAUCUGGAUAGAAUUUCAAAGGAACGGUAUAGCUUCAUUAUCCGAUGAUUAUAUUAAAUUAUUCUUUUCGCUUGAUGAAAGGAUGAUUAAGGAAAAUUUACAUAACGAUUUGGCUAUUACUCCCAUAGAAAAAAAUUGGAAAGAUUUCUCUAAAAAAGCGGGUGGAAAUGAUCCCGAUAAUGCUAUGAGACCUAAAACUAUUGCUUGGGAUGAUUUUACCACAAAAGGGUUUAGAGAUUCAUUAGAUAAUUUAUCGGAUGUACUUACCUUAGCUUCAUCAGUUAAAUCACCUUUAUUAAGAGAUAAUGAUCCUAACUCUGUACAAAAUGGAUCUACCAUGACGCCGACGACAACAACGACACGUAAUGAUGGAAAGAAACAUAAAUUAAAAAGAGGAAUAAAUUUACGUGCAUUAAAGAAAAAAUCUUUUGAUUCAAAUAAUGAUUUUGAUUACAAUGAACAUGAAGAAGACUGGGAAGAUUGGUAUGUGAUAGAUGCCGCACAAGAUUUUCAAGUCACAACGCAUUUAGCGAUUGAAACAAUCGAUGAAUUAUUUCCUUAUAUUUGGAUUGAAACAACUGCUGAUGAAGUAACCAAUCGUUGGGGUGAAUGGGUUUUCGUUGAACCAAGACAAGAUUUAAUAAAUCGUGAAUGUGAAUGGAUAAUGAUUGAAGAAAAAGAGCAAAUUUUAAAUAUUUGGGAUGAUUCAAAAGUUCGCGGUGGACGUGGUAAAUUAAGAAGAAAUUUGCCUCGUCUUUCUGGUUCUUUUGAUAAUAGUGAUGUAGAAGGUCAUAAUACAAGACGUAAACGUAUUUCUACAAAAGACAUUAGUGCUCCUAUACCCAUAGAUUACACCGAAGAAAUAUCAAGAAGAUUAACAAGUCAGGGGUAUGAUUCGGAGACAGGAAUGAUGGAAAUGGGUUAUACAAAUGAGAACAAUAAUAACAAUAGACUCACUCAAACAUCUCAUAUAAUGCCUACACAGUAUGAAACUGUUGCUGAAUAUGAUGAAGAUCAUGAAAAUUAUGCUGAGGGUUAUGGGGGUGAGAGAUAUAGUGAUGAAUAUGCGGAAGAAAAUGAUUAUGAUGAAUAUGAUCAGACCGCUGAUAGAAAUUCGAUGGGGGAAUUUUAUUAUGAUGAGAAUACGGAUUAUAUUGAACAUCUUGAACAGGAUGAUGAUACAAGAAAUGAACAUACUGAAGUAGGUUAUAAUGAUGAUGAUUAUACAACAAAUACUCAAUAUGGUUACCUAUAG